GGAGUUUUACAUUCAGUCAUAUGUACAGAUAAACAUGAUAUCGAGGUUUCACAAAUGCAGCACCAGUAGACGUAUAUGUAAUAUUUAGAAUCAGAUCAGAAUAAGAACACUUCCGAAAUGAACAUGCAUGACCUUUAAGCUUUUUUUCCGGUAUAGAACAACUCGAUACGAGCGUUAUAUGAGUGCUGAAGAAGCGAGAAGAAAGCGUUUAUUAUUUGUACGGGAUACGUCACUGAAACAACAGCGCCGUUCCUAACACACAGUAAUGUCUCAUUAGCGGCGAGAUGGCGUCGAAUAACGGUCGUGUGUUAUUGGCAAUAUUUGCGAUCGGAAUAAAGCUCAGCGUCGGCGUAGAACUUGAGAAACCGGAAAUUACGUUCUUGCACAUCGACUCCGAUGUCAAAUACCGCUUCGCUACAACGAAGGUGAGCAGUCGGCUGAAAAAUCGACUUGAUCAAACAACGGAAGCUCUUAUCGACGUUACACUUCCAAAUGAGGCGUUCAUUACAAACCUUACACUCGAAAUUGACGGGCGGAUCGUCGUAGGUCAGAUCAAAGAGAAGGAGGUCGCUAAGCAGGAGUAUGAACAGGCGAAGGCACAGGGACAAAGUGCAGGAUAUAUCGGCACAAAGAGCAGGGAGACGAACCGGUUCCAGCUGGCUGUGUCCGUGGCGCCGCUCGGCAAGAUCUCCUUUAACCUCACUUACCAGGAGCUGCUCAAGCGCAAACACGGACACUACGAACACGUGGUGUAUAUCGACCCGGGACAGGUCGUAGUGGACAUGGUGGUGCGUGUGGCUAUCAUGGAGUCGAGGAACAUUACUAAACUGCGCAUACCCUCGCUGAGAAAUGACAUUGAAGCAAACCUAACAGAUUUGUCCACCGUCACUCUUAUCAACAGACCCACGCCGAAAGAGGCUCUUGUUCAGUUUGUGCCUAGUUUAGACUUCCAGACGAUGCAGUCAGAGAGCGGUAUGGCGGGACAGUUUGUGCUGCAGUACGACGUGGAGCGGUCAAUGGACGCCGGAGAUCUCUUGCUAGUGAACGGGUACUUUGUGCACUUUUUUGCACCCGAAGGCCUUCAGCCAGUCUCAAACGAUGUUCUCUUCAUUCUUGACGUCAGUGGCUCGAUGCGGGGAACAAAAAUGACACAGCUGAAGGAGGCAAUGAAGUCAAUUCUUGGGCAGUUGCAUGGCGGAGACAGUUUCAAUAUCGUAACUUUCAGCGACAAGUUCAAGGUUUGGGAGAACAAAAUGGUCGAUAUCGACGACGAAGACGUGAAAGAACGAGCGCUUGCCUAUGUGAACAACCUGACAUCAGAUGGAUCGACAAACAUUGAAAUGGCGCUGAGGAAAGGUAUUGAACUGUUAAAACCAAAUGGCACCAGCGGACGCGAGUCUAAAAACCCCGUCGUAGUGUUCCUAACGGACGGCGAAGCCACCGCAGGCGUUAUUGUUCAAGCGAAUAUCCUCGCAAACAUUCAAAAGACCAACGAAGGCAAAAUUCCAAUAUUUUGUCUCGCUUUUGGUGAUAGAGCAGACUACACUCUAACGAAGAAACUUGCCGCCCAGAAUAACGGCAUUGGACGCAAAAUUUAUGAGGCUUCAGACGCCGCCAUGCAGAUUGCUGGUUUCUACAACGAAAUCGCCGUCACCCUUUUAAGUAACGUAACAUUUCAAUACCUGGACGCGCCAACCCAGAAACUUACGCAGACGCACUACAUGAACUACUUUAACGGAUCGGAAAUUGUCAACUGCGGUUGGUAUGAGGGAUCGAGCAUAGCUCACGAACUGGCAACGCUGAGAAUGCGGGUCAAUGGCAACACUGCAAAGAAAAGCAACGAGAAUCUGGAUAUUUCGUUGUCAGAUAUUGUCAUAGUGACUGAGAACGACUUUGAGAAUAGCGUCGAAAAUAUGACACACGUAGGAGUAUAUGAACAAAUUACGGAGAAGAUCUGGGCCUAUCUUACCAUAAAACAAUUGCUACAAAAGGAAGUCGCAGCAAUCGACACAGAAAAAAGCGAUGCGUUGAAGAAACAGAUUAUCGGAAUGUCAUUAAAAUAUGGCUUCGUGACGCCUCACACCUCGAUGGUAGUGACUGAACUGAAGCGCAGGAGCGGCAUCCAGGAAACAAGUGACGCCAUUGCCAAGGAGCACCGCCAUGUGGUAGGCAGACAGUACAGUCGAUCCGGUAACAUGGCCGGUCGUUUGUCGAUGCCGUCCAUGGUUGACCCGAUGUCGUCAAGCUUUUUGUCAAGUAGUGUGCGCUCACCACACAGACGUCUGGGAAUGCCGUCGCUAUAUGACUCAUACAUUCAGCCUUCGUGGGAUGAUCCUGAGCUACGAUUUACAAGGACCCAACUUCCACCAAUGCAUCAUGUCACCCCUAGUCCUCCAGGUUACAUCACCAAACCUGAACCACCAAAAGCUCCUAACAAACGGAGGAGGAACAAAAAAAGAGGAGGAACGCGCAAAGGCAAUAGCGACAAGUACCCGCACCUGAUAAUGCGCAAAUCAAACCUAGCGUUGUGCAAAGACUUGGAUUCUAAACAAAAAGAGGUUUUACUGUAUGGUGAUAGAGCAAAAGACCUGUCAUUCACUGCCUUUCUGGAGAAUAAUCUUAUCAGGAAAGUGAUUCUGCAGCACGGACGUGCAAAUGUCACCAUCGUCAAAGAUAAUGUUGAACACCAGGUAAUUUUCCUUGACGAACCGGUUCCGUGGAAUAUCACAAAAUCGGGCAAAAAACGGAAAAUGCGAGUGGAUCUGGAUGCUUUUUCUAUAUUAAUAUCGAAAACAACGUCCAUGACAGUGCGGCGCUCUGAAAGGAAUAAGCCAUUAACGAACAUUGGAGAAAUCGGUAAAAUUUUGUCGGACACGUGGAAGGUAGAAAUCAACCCGGCGAAUAGCAAAUUAGGAACACUCAUUACGAGCUCCGGGCGACAACCAGUGGAGCUUGUUCCGGCCGACAAAAAAGCGGCCGAGUGCUGGAAAGGAGACUUCUAGCUUUGAACUUUGAAGCUAGAACCCAUUUUGUCCGUCAGUACCAGUGGAGAACAAAUAUGUUCAAAUACAUUGGGUUAUCAAUGGCGAUUCAUACAGUCAGUUUGGACCAAACAGCGAAACUUCGCUAUCCGUACACUAUAAUCUCUAUGAAAAUAUUUACUGAUGCGUUGUUUACUUUUUUUAAUGUAAAAUGAAUUAAAAAGUGUUCAAAAAUACAUGUGCGAGUGUAUCAGAUGAAUUUCGAUUAGUUUUUAAAGGGAACAGAAGCAUUUAAAACUACGAUAUAUUAAACUGUCUGAUUUUGAGUACAUGUAUAUCGACAUAACUGUAUUAUUGAAUUAUAUUUUUGAUUAAAAUACAUGCGUAUUUUACAUUAACGUGAUUUAAAAUAUGCAAUCUAGUAAAUUCAAAAUAGUUUUUCGUAUUUAUACCGCGACUGAAUAACGAUCAAAGAACCAGUUCCUCAUUCUUUAUUUAAGCCAGGUAAGGAACUAUAAUUUCCUUACUUAGAUUAGUUAGAACAAAAAUUACUUUCUAAAAUAAGUGUAAAAAACACUGUGUACCACAUAUAAAUAUAAUAAUUGUAUAUUUGUAUAUCUGAAAAAGGAAACAAGAGCUAGUUCCUUAAUCCUUGUUAAAGUCGAAUAAUGAGCUGAAUUUUCUUACUAAAUUAUAUAUUUAAUUUAACCAAACUGCACCACAUAUAAAUGUAUAUUGUACAUAAAGGUUGGAUAUAAAAAAAUAUAUUUCGCAUUACAUUUUUUAUUUUUGUUGUUUAAUGAUAACCCAGAUCCUUAUUCGGUUUAAAUAUGCAAUAAGGAACUAGUUCCUUAUUCCUGAUUCAAAUGGAAUAAAAAAACUAGUCAUUUCUAAAUUUGCAAAUAAAAUAAAAUGAACAAAAGAGACCUAUUUAUCAAUGAAAAUCGUUGUAAAUGCAGGUUGUGUAUCCCAAAUAUGUAUUGCAGUACUAUUCAACUUUGUAAUAUUUAAAGGGACAUAUUCACGUUUUGGUAAAUUGACAAUAUUGAAUAAACUUGUUUCAGAUUUGCAAAUUUUCGUUGUAGCCAUGAUAUAUGUGAGAAAACCGUAAUAUUGAACAUUUGAUAUGCUUGAAUUACCCAUUAUAUGCAUCUCUUGACGAUUUAAAAACAUAUUAUGAAGCGUUUCAAACGCGAAAAGAUUGAAUAACUAGUAAUGUUCUGUUGUUAUCUUUAUAUUAUGUGACACUACGAGCAUUGCUUGUAUAAAGUAUGAAAUACAUCUUUUUUACAUGGUCGAGUGGUUACAGUGAUAAACGUUUACUCCAAGGGUCAGUGUUUCGAGCUUAGGUGAGGAUUAUUUUUUUCUUUCUUUAAUUUGAUUUUUGUUUUUUACUGGAUCAAUUUGGUUUAAAUUCAUACAUUUAUCAAUUUAAAUCUUUUAAUGACAAAGGUCAUGCCAAAAUGUUACUCCUUAUUUAAAUCGAAUAAGGAACUUGCAAUUUCUUUUCUUAAUUCAAGUUUACCAAAGAAUACUAUAUCAAUGAAAACCAUUGUAUAUGUAAUUUCGUUAUUAAACAUAUUAAUAAAAUAUACAUGUA